AAAUUUACAGCAAAAUCCCCAAAUUUCUGGAGCCCUAGUUUGAACUUUCUAUUCUCAACACCUUGAAUCCAAAAUCUUCCACUCACACAUUAUUAUAUUCUCCCCAUUUUGACCACUAUCCAACCUUCCAAUUCACCACGUAAUCGGUAUCCCACCGGCUAUCCGUUUAACUUUAAUCCUCUAUAACCCAUAUCUAGCUAAACCUUUCUCCACGGCAUAACUGAUUUUAACCCAAUCUGGACCUGAUUCUCUAACCCUAGCGCGUUUGUGGCUUUACUAGUUUCAAUGGCUACCGACGCCUCGCCGAAAUUCAAAAAAUCCGACCUGAUACAGGUCCCUCAGCCGCCCGACUACCACCCGGAAAUUACAGUUUCGCCGGUGCAUGACGGCCUCCACUUUUGGCAGUUUAUGAUCGCUGGAUCAAUCGCGGGCAUGGUGGAGCACAUGGCAAUGUUUCCCGUUGAUACAAUCAAAACGCAGAUGCAAGCCAUGGUCUCUUGCCCUGUUGAAUCCGCGAGCGUCAAACAGGCCGUACAAUCUAUCUUGAAAUCUGAGGGGCCGAUAGGUUUUUAUCGUGGCAUCGGAGCUAUGGGUCUGGGCGCUGGUCCAGCCCACGCCGUUUAUUUUUCUGUUUAUGAAUUUUGUAAGAAGAGAUUUUCACGUGGAAAUCCAAAUAAUCAUCUGGCCCACGCUGUGUCAGGGGUUUUUGCAACUAUUGCGAGUGAUACAGUAUUUACUCCUAUGGAUAUGGUUAAGCAGAGGCUGCAAUUGAGUAGUAGUCCUUAUACGGGGGUUUGGGAUUGUGUAAAGAGGGUGCUGAGGGAGGAGGGAAUUAGAGCCUUCUAUGCGUCUUAUAGGACCACCGUUCUAAUGAAUGCACCUUUCACUGCAGUUCAUUUUGCCACCUAUGAGGCAGCAAAAAGGGGUUUGAUGGAGGUGUCCCCAGAAAGUGUGAGCGAUGAGAGGUUGGUGAUUCAUGCCACGGCUGGAGCUGUGGCGGGAGCAUUGGCUGCUGCAGUUACGACCCCACUUGACGUUGUGAAGACCCAGUUACAGUGUCAGGGCGUUUGUGGAUGCGAUAGAUAUGUUAAUGGUUCGAUCAGGGAUGUUACUCGAACAAUAGUGAAGAGAGAUGGAUAUGUUGGUCUAAUGAGAGGAUGGAUGCCGAGGAUGCUUUUCCAUGCUCCGGCUGCUGCAAUUUGCUGGUCAACGUAUGAAGCUGCAAAAUCCUUGUUUCAAGAUUUAAACACCAGCAGCAAUGACAAUGUCACCUGAGAAGCACAGUGCAUAGCUUCAAAGUUUUCGGAAUUUCAGACUAGGAUUGAUGGCAAGCUUAAGUGUCGGAGAUGGGCAAUUUGGUCAAUCACCUUUCUGUUUGAUUUGGCUGUUGUAACUUGUGUAACUUAACAGAUGAGAUCGACAACUCCUGUAUUCAGGAGAGGAGAGCACUUAUUAAUGUGUAUUACCCAAAAAAAAGGAAAAAAAUUUAAAAUUAAAAUUGUCAAGUUGAAAUAAGCCCAUUAAAUUGGGAGGCCUUUCCAAGAUUGGAACUCAAAAUUACACAAUUUUCUCGUGCCUAGGACUUGUCUACGGUGGUCAUAGAAAGAUGUUAGAGCAAUUAGACCACAAAAUUCUGAGGAUGAUUUUGUAAUAUUUUCAGUUCUGAUAUUGCUCGUAAAAUUAAGUAUCAUCAUUGCUUCUA